GUUCCAGGCGGACUCUCGGCACACGCCCACUCGUGUCGUUCGAUUUUAUCCGCACACCUACCUUCCCUCCAAUAUAUCGACCAAUACACUUGGUAUUUUUUCCGAUUCUUGGUAGAAUUGGAAGAAUCACAAGGUAUGGUCUUCGUUUUAGUUGAAACUGUGAUGUGGAUUCUACCGAUCCUUUUUCUUUUUUCCUGAGAAGUUUAUUUGAGAAGGAACUGGUUUUUUUCACCAUUAGGCAUUCCGAAUGGAUUCAGACUGUUCAGAAGGUGCUGAUGAUUCCGGUAAUUCUGUCAAGGCGUCCGCAAGGCCGGAUUCCAGCAAAAAAUGUCGAGGUAAAGUUCCGAGGAAAAUUCAUAAAGCAGCAAGGGAGAAGCUGAAACGGGACCAACUGAAUGAAUUAUUUUCAGAACUUGGCAAAGCACUAGAUCUGGAGCAUCCAAACAAUGGAAAGGCUUCAAUACUAAGAGAGACGACUCGGCUCCUUGGAGAAUUGCUAGCUCAGGUGGACAAUCUAAAGAAGGAGCAGACAACUCUUUUGUCUGAAUCUAAUUAUGUUAUGGUUGAGAGGAAUGAACUCCAAGAGGAAACGUGCGCGCUUAAUGCUGAAAUCAAGAGGCUGGAGAGGGAAAUCGAUGAGAGGGCUAAUGGAUCAAACCUUGAUGCUUUUCAACCUCAAUGCAACACUCCUUCCCAAUUACCUGAAGGUCAUGUUGCCUUCCCUGUUGCUUCAAAUGUAUCGGAUCCAACCCCGGUCGUGGGUCCUGUGUUUGUCAUGCCACUGCACCAUGAAUCUGAAGGCUUUUGCGGUGCUUUACAUGAGAUGAAUAUGACGAAGGGCCUGUCAAAUGUGAGCCGGCCACAAGCACGGUACCCUUCCUCAGCUGAUUCAUGGCCAUCUCAUAUUCUUACAAAACAGACAAAUGUCGUGGAAGAUGCUUGAGGAAGAUGUAUAUAUAGACAGAUCUUGAGACAUGACUUUAUGCAGUUGUAAUGUUGUGGUUCAGUAGAACACCAUGUAUUCCUAUACUUGGAAAUGAUGAUGAUUAGUUAGUUUCUCUUGCAGGAUUUAAGGUGGAAUUGUGAAGACAAGACAUCAUAAAACCUCGUUUCAUUCCAAAUAUAAUGAAGCCCUGUUGCAUAGCCACAGGGAUUGGAUAAUUUAUUACAUCAAUCAA